AUGUCUACUAAAAGAAGUCAGCCAUCAGGAAAGUCAUCAUCUCUCCUUCCAACCACUUCUCAACAACCCACACAGAUCCCUUCAGAGGAAGAGUACACUGAGAGAGAGGAUGACUCUCUGAAAGAGAAAAAGUAUCUAGAUGAAGAUGACUAUCUGGAGAAGGUAAAGUAUCUAGAGGAAGAUGACUAUCUGGAGAAAAUGUGUCAGAAAGGAAAGGAGUCUCUGAAGGAACAGGCAUCUCUGAAGGAACAGGCAUCUCCGAAGGAACAGGCGUCUCUGAAGGAACAGGCAUCUCUGAAGGAACAGGAGUCUCUGAAGGAGCAGGCAUCUCUGAAGGAGCGGGAACGGGCGUCUCUGAAGGAGCGAACGUCUCUGAAGGAACAGGAGUCUCUGAAGGAACAGGCAUCUCUGAAGGAGCGGGCGUCUCUGAAGGAGCGGGAACGGGCGUCUCUGAAGGAGCGAACGUCUCUGAAGGAACAGGAGUCUCUGAAGGAGUGGGCGUCUCUGAAGGAGCGGGCGUCUCUGAAGGAUAAGAAGUAUCUACGGAAGGAAAAAGAGCAUUGGGAUGAAGAAGACCAUCUGGAAAAGGGUAAGUAUCUGGAAGAGGGACUCCCAAAAGAUGGACUCAAUGUGAUUUAUACAUCGCUCACCCUGCCUAAUCUUAAUGAAAGAAGCCCAACUGCUGGCGUCUCUCAGACGAACGUCUUCCUCACCGUCACUCCUCCCACCUCUGAAUCUGCCAGCAAGUCUCCUCAGCCUUCCACAGAGCCUUCUGUGGCCUCCAAGAAGGAUAGCAGAAGAUCCAUGCCCUGGCGAGACCGGGGCACGCAGACAAAAAGCGCCUAUGACAGCCAGGAACCUUCAACAUCAAAACAAAAAUUAGAGCAAGAAGCCCUAACAAUACUACAGAUUCCAAAGUUGGAUUCAGAAGUAUAUGAAGUGCCACAGGAGGAAGAAAAUGGAGCCACGACGUCGGUCCCUCCGGCUAGCGUGUAUGACACCAUAUUAAAUGAGAACCUUGACGUACUGAGUGACAUGGACCUCGAGGGCACUCUUUUUAAGAGCUCCUACAACACAGUAUUUCGGACCAUGAUCAAAGAAAAGGCUGCUCGCAAUGAAUCGCAAGAGGAUGUUGAGAUCCCCCUGACAGGCCAACUGGAGAGUGAAACCAGAAAGAAACUGAGAAGUCUGAUGAAGACCAACAUUGAAAAGUACAAGGAAGUAAUUCACUGGAUUAUGGAGAAACGUGGAUACAUAUUCCCCAGCAAGCAUUCAGAUGAGGUUACUCACACGUUUCAUUUAUUGAGCCACGCACCACCACCUGAGGAGCCCAAAAUAGAAGGAGGAAAAACCCUUUUUGUUACUCAUCGUAAAAAGGAAUUUGGUACAGAAAUAGAUAUAGAGUGGAUAAAGAGCAAACCUAAGAUGGAUCAAGAUGACAAAAAUGUAAUUAUCCGACCCAAUGAGAAUGUCUUCCGAAUUCUCUUUUCUGAUGAAUCAGGCCAGAUAUAUUACCCAUCAGGACGACUGGCUAUGCUCUUCUUCCGUACGAAACGGGAUCAGGCCACAUAUAUCAUCCUGGACAACAGUGAGGAGGCGUUGGUUCGGGCCCUAAUCAACAACUCCGGCCAUGUCACCAUCUAUGAUGAAAACAGGGAGAUCUGGUUGAGCCUAAGCCAGAACCUGGGCUACUACUUUGCCAAAGACAAGCACCAGAAGGCCUGGAACUGGUGGAACCUGGACCUGCACGUGCAUGCGCCCCCCUUCCAGUCCAUCUCCUUAGACAUCAACCGGUACAUCAAGGUGCAGGUCAAGAGCCAAGAUGAGAUCAUCUUCUGCUUCGCCCACAAGACAAAACGCAUUUCCUUAAACCUGGGCACCAAGUACGGGUUCAUCAACCCGGAUAAGCUGAGUGAAAUGAAGAUGAAAGCAAUCCUGGAGGUGGAAUUUGAUUCAACGGCUCGGAAGAUUCAGGUCCUUCUGGGGAAAAUGAGUAGGAUCCUGAAUUUCCUGACCAUCUGUGAUUUGGAAACCUUCAUAGAGAGCUCCACGAGCUUCCUGCUGGCCUACAGGAGGAGGAGGAGAUGGUUUUAG